AUGUCGGGCGGGUUGGGACCACCACAUGGACCGGGCGAGCUCUUCCUAGAGGGCCCCUCGGACCCCGACGCACAAGCCACCGUCACCGAUUUCAUCGACUACACCGAGUACCUUCCCUCUGACCUAGUCCGCUCCUUGACCCUAGUUCGCGACCUGGACAAAAAGUACCUGGACGCGGCCAACGCCGUUCACAAGCUUACCAAGACCUAUGGACAACUACCUCACUUACCCCAAGAAACGCGCCCGGAGCCGCAUGCGUUGCGCAUCCAGAUUUCAGAACAGCUGAAACGAGCGAUCAAUGCGCGCGAGGCCUCCUUCGCGGAGGCAUCUCGCCUUUACGAUGUCGUGGACCGCCAUUUCAACCGUUUAGCGAGCAUCAAAUCGAAACUCGUUGCACUCUCAAUUACCACCGCACGCGAGCUCGCCAUUGACCUUCCCGAAACCAAAGAUGGCGCAGCCGGGGCUAAAGUCGAGAAAACAGAGCCACCUACGCGUAUCACACUCCGCCUUGACAGUGCUAGGCAAAAGUCACGCGCUGCUCAGAGAGGAGCGAGGGGUGGUCGUGCUACGGCGUUUGAUCCCAGUCAAGUGGCACCCAGCGUGGAAGGAUCUGAUGCUGACGCUGCUAUUGGGCUAGGCGUGGAGGAGGGGCAGAAAAAGGGGGCCAAGCAAAAGAAGGGCAGAAGGAACCCCAGAACGUUGCAAGGUGCAGAGGGUGAACAUAUCACAGCGGAACGCUCUACGAGUAGAGCCCUUGCAGCACUAUCAGCUCCUCCUCCAGAUGCAAAAAUAGGCAGCGAGUUUCUUCCAUGGUUGCGCUUAACAGAUUGGGAAAUGGCCUGUCUUCGCAAAAAGAUGAAGAAAAACAACUUCUGGCAGCCGAGUGAGGUCAUGAUCCAUCGUGAGCUCUCAGAACUGGGCCGCGGAUGGGAUAAUUAUCGAGCAGCAAGGGAGAAGGCUGAAUCAACAGGCACCGAGCUCAUCGACUGUGACGAUGUCAUGAACAACUACGUUCAAGGAAAACUUACCCGCAAAAGCGACGUGCACGGCAACAUGGGAACCACCGGGGUGGAAGAAACCAAGCUGAUCAAUCGAGGUAUGAAAAUGAACGAGGCGAAGAAGCUGAAGCGGGAGACCCAAGCACGAGAGCAAGCAGCACAGGCGGCAGCGGAAGCGGAAUUGGCAGCAAAGCGACUCGGUGAUAUCGGGUCAACGAUUAAAACCCUAUUCUCUAGCUCUGCCGAUCACACUCUCGUGGAUAACGUUCACACUGGAUUUUCAGGAGAUUCGUCCAUUGCUAACGGUAUCGUAGCUAAACCUAGGACAAAACCAAAAACUACCUCCAAGAAGAGGAAAUUCGAGGAGACAGCAGCUCUUGAUGCUCAGGAGGAGGACGUGGAGCCCUUGACUUCCGAGGCUGUCUCCGGAACAACUAAUGUUAAAAAGCUUAGGCUCACCCAACCUGCCCUUAUUUCUAAUGAAAGCUCUAUUGCUGAAACUACAACGGCAAAGCUCUCACUUUCUCUAGGACCGUCAGGUUCAGCGAAGGGAACCCCGGGCCCGUCCUCUGCUGAGCCUGAACGCCCAGUCACCCGAAGCGGGCGUGGACCAUCAGCCUCAUCCAAAGCCCAGCCAGUCUCCACCCCACCAACUGGCCUAAAAUCCACCCGUCACCGGUCUGCGACGGCGGGAUCAACCGAAGCUGGGGGCCGUGAGGCGCUCCACCGCAAGAGCAUGACACCGGGAAAAGCAGCAGCUACCGAUGCGGGGGCCAUCGCACCAACUGUAGCACUGGGCACCACCGCAGCAAGUCGACGGAGUAAACGUCCUGCACCCGGGCCCGUCACGGCUGGCCAAGACGGAGGAUCAGCGGUUAGCGUUGGUCGACGCAAGGUGAAGCCGGCCAAGAAGAAGAAAGAUCAAAACCCCAAAGACGCACAACUACCAGAUGGUUAUCGAAUCGACGAAGACGGAGUGGUUGAAGAGAUCGAUCCGAACGAACCGAGAUACUGCAUCUGCGGAGACGUUAGCUUUGGGACCAUGAUUUGCUGUGAGGAUAAUGAUUGUGACAGAGAAUGGUUCCAUCUGGAAUGUGUCGGGCUGACAGAGGUGCCAAGUCGUACUGCAAAGUGGUACUGCCCAGACUGCAGGAAGAAACUCGGCAAAGCAGCUGCCGAUGGGAUUGUUCGAUCAGGUGGCAGGCGUUGA